AUGAGAUUGGGCAAAGGCUUGCCAAUUCUCAAAGAGAGCUGCUUUGGAUGGGUUGUUUCUGGCGCCUAUGCUAGCUCGUCACAGACGCGACAAUCAGACCAGGUCGCGUAUGUUGGAACGACGCUGGCCUCCAUCGACUCAUCGGUCCGGAAGUUUUGGGAAAUAGAAGAAGUUUCCACUGCCCAUCCUAAGACCCUUGAUCAUGAGAUCGUGGAGAACUGCUUCCAAGAGUCCACUGUCCGCGAUGACACUGGAGGAUAUGUUGUGAAGAUCCCCUUUCGCCCCAGUUUAGUGCGUCUUCAUAACAAUUUGCCAAAUGCCACCAGACAAUUUCUCAGUCUCGAGCGUCGUUUGUCCGCCAACCCAGAGAUAAAAAGCCAAUAUCACGCUGCGAUGCAGGAGAAUUUCGACUUGCGAUUUUUUGAGGAGGUUCCCCCAGAUGAGAUCACUUCCACUUCUUACUAUAUGCCUCAUCACGCUGUUGCUAAGAAGUCCUCCUCAGGAGUUAAAGUUCGCAUCGUCAUGAAUGCCAGUUCAAAAUCCCAAACAGGCCUCAGCCUGAAUGAUGUUGCCAUGGUGGGCCCGACAGUUCAGCCCGACAUCGUCGCAAUUCUCCUCAGAUUCCGAGAACACCCUUUUGCAUUCUGUUGUGAUAUCCAGAAGAUGUAUCCUCAGGUGCUAAUUCAUCCCUCCCACAAAGACUACCAUCGCAUUGUGUGGCGAUUCCGAGAUUCGGAACCCAUUCGUCAUUAUAGGGCAAGAGGAGUUUGCUUCGGUGUAAGUUCAUCGCCUUAUCUCGCGACAAGAGUCCUCAUCGAUCUGGCGGAUAGAGAAGAGGUAAAAUUUCCACUCGCUGCCAAGGCACUGAAAGAGAAUUUUUAUGUGGACGAUUGUCUCGCAUCAUGCCCAUCCAUUUCCGAUGCGCUUGAAACUCAACGGCAGUUGAAAGAAUUGUUGAGUUCCGCUGGCAUGACGCUCGCCAAAUGGUGUGUCAGCAGUCCAGAAAUCACAGAGGAAGUAGAGCCCUCACAGGUGCGCAGCAUCUUUCCUGAACAAUCCAAGGCUCUAGGCAUGCUUUGGCACCCUCAGGAUGAUGUUUUCGUCUUCCAGCUCACUCGAGAUUUCAUUGACGUCAAUUCAAAGCGAGAAGUCCUCGCGGCAAUUGCGUCACUUUAUGAUCCUCUUGGUUUCGUCUCUCCAGUGAUUGUCAUCGGAAAAUUGAUCAUGCAGGCCCUUUGGAAAGAGGAAAAGUUGGAUUGGGAUGAUCCGCUUCCGGAACAUAUCAGUUCCCAAUGGAAACAAUUAGCCGAAGGUCUUCCAACCCUUCAGGAGAUCAAAGUUCAGCGCCCAAUGUCGACUUUGACGUCUCCCAAGUCCACCGAGUUGCAUGUCUUCUGCGACAGCAGCUCAGUUGCAUAUGGUGCCGUGGCUUAUGUGGUCACAGAGGAUGAUAUCCAUGGUCGCCAGUCUCGGAUUCUGAUGGCAAAGUCGCGCAUUGCUCCCACAUCGUCGAUCACCAUCCCCAAAUUGGAAUUGUGUGCCGCAGCUCUAGGCUCUCAGUUGGCCCACAAGAUCAGAAAUGCUCUCUCAGUCACGGAAUAUUUCUUGUGGACAGACUCGACGAUUGUUUUGGGGCAAAUCAGAUCAAACCGUAUUAAAUUUGACGUUUUCACCGCGCAUAGAAUCGCUGAGAUUCUCAGACUGACGGACGUUUCGAAAUGGCAGCACGUACCGGGAGCCUCAAAUCCUGCGGACGUUGUAUCGCGUGGUAUGUUGCCCACAGAAUUGAAAAGUUCAUCUAUAUGGUGGACGGGCCCAGAGUUUUUGUUGGGUAAGGCCGAAAACUGGCCUCAAGACCCGUAUAGUGUCACGCUCAUUGCUUCGUCGACUGCCAUUAUCAAUCAGGUCCCAGAAAGUCACAUCCUUGACACCAUCCUUGAAAGAUCCAGCAGUUAUCUGCGGAUACAAAGAAUCCUAGCAUACGUGCUAAGAGUCCUGACAGGUUCGCCUAGUCGCAUUAGAGGUCCCAUUACAUCCCAAGAACUCCUAAAAUCAGAGCACAAACUAGUAUCUUUUGCACAAGCUCAACACUUGGCAGAAGUGAGAUCAGCCAUUGCCGAUGGCACCAUGUGGACCAGCAGGAGGUUCGCCCAUGUGCGCCACUUGACUCCCUUCAUUGAUGGAGAGGGAAUCAUCAGAGUGGGUGGCCGACUGGCUCAAUCGCCUGCAAACUACGAUGCCCGCCAUCCAAUUCUUCUGCCCAAGUGUCGCCUCGCCACGAUCAUCGCCACCCACACACACAAGAACAACAUGCACGCGGGACCACAACUGCUUCUGGCCACUCUGCGUCAGAAAUAUUGGCCGCUGGGAGGAAGAAAUCUGACCAGAAACGUCGCUCGCUCAUGUGUUGUGUGCUGGAAAACCAAGCCGAUCCGACAGGAGCAGAGAAUGGGAGAUCUUCCCACGAGUAGGACAGAUCACGUGGCUCCAUUCAAAGUGUGUGGCAUCGAUUUCUGCGGCCCAGUCCUCACGCGUCCUAGCUACAAGAGAGGAGGUACAUCAUAUAAGACGUACAUUUGCGCCUUUGUCUGCUUCACGACGAAAGCCAUUCACCUGGAAGUUGUCGGCAGUCUCUCAUCCGAGGGCUUCGUCGCUGCGCUGCGGAGAUUCGCGGCCAGGAGAGCUGCUCCAAGCGACAUCUUCUGCGAUAAUGCCACCAAUUUUCGCGGAGCCCGCGCAGAGUUGGCAAAGUUCCUGCGAGACAUCCAGUCAUCGCCAGACGUUGUUUUAGAGGCAGCUCCCAAGGGCAUCAAUUGGCACUUCGCGCCACCAAGAUCUCCUCAUCAUGGCGGACUUUAUGAGGCGGCGAUCAAGUCCCUCAAACAUCACUUAGCCAGAGAAGUUGGACAGACUAUUCUCACAUUUGAGGAGUUGAACACCAUCGUAGCACAGAUCGAAGCCAUCCUCAAUAGCAGACCAAUCACGCCACUCUCCGAGGAUCCAAAUGAGAUGUUCGCAUUGACUCCUGGUCACUUUUUAGUGGGACGCCCACUGAACGCGCUCCCGGAUCAGACGCUCACAGAUGUUGCGCCAAAUCGCCUCUCCAGAUGGCAACUUUGCCAGAAGAUUCUGCAGCACUUCGCCCAUCGUUGGAGGAAAGAAUAUCUCCAUCUUCUCCAGAAGAGAGUCAAAUGGACGCAGGAAGCGGACAAUUUGAAGAUUGGCGAUAUCGUUCUCAUCGGCGACGAUUCAAUGGCCACACAUCAAGGGCCAAUGGGCAUCAUCGAGGAGCUUCAUCCGGGCAGAGAUGGACGAUGCAGAGUCGUCACGAUCAGGACAGCAAGGGGUAAAUACAAAAGGGCAGUUCAGAGGCUGUCCAACUUGCCCAUCGAGGGACUCCCGCCCUCAUCAUCGGCCCCCCCAGGAUGUUGA